GUGGUGCAGUAUAAAUGUGAUGAAGGAUAUAUUCUGGUUGGAGAAGAAAAAAUCACCUGCAGAAAUUCACAUUGGUCAUCUCUAGCUCCUCAGUGUAAAGCUCUAUGUCUGAAACCAGAGAUAAAAGAUGGAACUUUGUCUCUGGACAAGUAUAAGUAUGUUGAGUCUGAAACUGUCACUGUCCAGUGUGACUCUGGCUACAGUGUGGUCGGCUCUCCGAGUAUCAUCUGCUCAGAGAAUAGAACCUGGUACCCAGAAGUGCCCAAGUGUGAGUGGGAAGUUCUCUCGGGCUGUGAACAAGUACUCGCAGGCAGGAAACUCAUGCAGUGUCUCCCAAGUCCAGAGGAUGUAAAAAUGGCCCUGGAGGUGUAUAAACUGUCUCUGGAGAUUGAAAGAUUGGAGCUACAGACUUGAAGUGGAGCACCAGUCAAAAAUCAGUACAUCUAUUUCCCCUCUCUUCCCCUUAAAAACAGAGAAUGAGGUACAUUUCCCUUAUUAGCAACUCUACUGGUCCUUAAGUGCUAUUAUUUACUGAAAAAAUACCUGUGUUAGAAGAAUCUUUGAAAUUUUUGAUGCCACUGCUAAUGUGGAA